AUGGACCAAUGGCCAGGGGCUCCAUCGGUGUACUUCGGCACCACCGGGUCGGGCGCGGCACGGUUGACGGACGAAGGCGCCCGGGUGGGGCGCAAACGUUCCAAGGUGGGUGUGGGCUACUCGGCAGUGGUGCAGCAAUUCGUGGAGCAGAUCAAGCAGUACACCGAGCAAUGGGAGAACAAAGACGAGAGCAACAACUUUGAUCAGCGACACGACCUCGAGUUGGCGAGGAAGUCGGUCUAUCCCAUUGUGGAGGCGGAGCUGAGAGCCCUGGUGGAUGACCAGAUGAGGGAGGAGCUCGCAAACCUGAAACUGCUCUAUGACGAGGUGAAGAAGAAAAAGAAGCCGCCCAAACUCAAGAAGCCGAAGAAGCCGAAGCCACCAAAGAAGUGGUGUGCGGCGGUCGGCAUGAUCACGAACCGCGAAGACUGCGUGCCAGACCUAGUGGAGCAAGGUAUUCUGAAGAAGGUCACGCCCUCCAAGCUAGAGGACUUCCUCGGAGAGUACCACUUCUUGGGUGCCAUGCAACGCAGCCCGCAGUACACCUUUUGCCCUCCGCCUUCAGCGCAGAUGAUCAGGUCGUUGCUGGUCGAGCACUGCGUUCUUCCCUUGGCACAGACGGACAUCCGUCAGAAGGCGCCAAAGAAUCUGACUGCAAGGUCUUUGCUGCUCUAUGGACCCAAGGGCAGUGGUAAGUCGAUGCUGGCGAGGGCCAUUGCAGCAGAGACAGGUGCCAGCCAUGCUAAGGGUGGUGGGGUCAGUGUUCAACAACCUUGGAGAUGUCAUUGUUUCAAUUCUAUGUAG